AAGCACUUGCUACGUCAACAAAACAAAAUGGCUGCGCCCAUGUCAAACUUGUAAACAUUUCUAAUUUAAUGAAAAAUCUCUAUACACAAGGUCCUUUUGAAGGAAAACUCAAAUAGACAUGUUGGUGUCAGAGCAGUAGUUGUUACUGUACAUAAUGAGUUGGUGGGACACGUCCAGUUUCUCCAGCUUUGCGACUCAGGCCUUGAAGAAUGCCCAGAAAAAGAUUGAUAAAGUCCUUGACAUUAGCGAGGAAGGGGGUGUGGAAGAAACUUCAUCGGUAUCAGAAAACAAAGUUGCAAAGUCUACAGAAGAACCUAAAAAGGUAAAAGAGACAAGUUCAUCGUGGUCUUCCUGGGGAUCAUUUUCUGUGGACAAAGGAAAGGAUGAAUCAGAAGAGGAAACAAGAAGUGCCUGGUCCAUGCCAUGGGGAAUGGAUACUAGUCUUACCAAGGCUAAAAAAGAGAAGUCACAACCGGAUAAAUCUGCCGAGGCUGCCUCAUCAUCUGUCAAACCUGCCGGACCGUCAUCUAAAAGUAAGAAAGGAGCACUGAAAUUAAAAUCCAGUGUACAGAGCGAAAAGAGUGAAAACAAAGGAGAAGGAGAGACAGUGGAAGAAAAAUCAAAGUCAGAGUCACAAAAUGUGGGGAUAGUAAAAGAAAGUGAUUUAUUAGAGACCACUGGAGACAUUAAAGUUCAGGAAAAGGAAACUUGUGAAGAUGUGAAUAACAAAAAGGAGUUGAACAUUGAUACACUUAAACCAGUUAUUGAGGAAAAAACUAACAGAGAAAAAGUAACAGAUGUAGAUAUAGUUAAUCAAGAAAGUGCUGAAAUAUCUAUAUUUUCUGAAGACAAUAAACAUUCCAGUUUAAUAGAGUUAGAACGAGAGAGGUCUGGUAGUGAACCACCAAUAUCCAGUGCUUCUGAAUCAGAGGAAGGAUCUAGUGAAUUAAAAGCUAGUAAACAGUCAGACACAGAAACUUCACAAAGCCAUUCACAAGUAAUUCAUUCUGAUUUCAAGGAAAAAACAGAAACUACUAAAGUGAAGGAAGAAGGGGAAGAGAGUAUUGUGAAAGAAGACAAUUUAGUGGAAUGCAUACCAGAUUUGGAACAGAGGACAGUGGAUGCGGCUACCAAGGAACGGAUUCAAACAGUGGAAAGUCAACAGGAAGUAGAGAGUCAACAGGAAAUAGAAACUAAACAGGAAGUGGAGAGUAAACAGGAAGUAGAGAGUAAACAGGAAGUGGAGUAUAAACAGGAAGUGGAAGAAACCCAAACCAAAGAAGUGGAAGAUGAAGAAAUGAAAGAAAAAGUGGACAAAGACACUGUAGUUGGAGAAGAAGGCACAGUCAUUUGUGAUAAAGAAAGUGAUGUUAAUAUUCCAAUUGGUUUGGAUUCUUUAGGCGAAGAAAAUAGAUCUCAACCAAUGGACAUUCCAUCAAAUAGUCCAGGUCCAGAGUUUGAUCAAGAGAGGCUUUCUGGUUUACCUCUGAGUCCUUCAACAGCGAGUUCUCUUGGAGGAACAGACUCAGACACAAAUAAAUUAGACAGUAGUUUAGACACUUAUACGUCAGAUGAAACAGUCAUUGAAAAGAGUUCAACAAAGAUGACAAAGUCUGAUGAAAGCAUACCAGAAGAUUACAUUCCAGAAAAUGUCCCUGACCCAGAAUCACCCAAGAAUCAAGAUGUUGAAUCCUCAGAAAACAUGGCAGAAAUUUCCCCCAGUAGUUCCUAUGUUAAAUGUAUGAUUGAAGAUGCCAUGGAUGACAGUGCCAAAAUGGAGGAUAAUGGAAGCGACACACCGUCAAAGUCCGAGUGUUCUCGCAGCACGGGGGGCCACGACUCAGGGGACGAGAUAUCCACGACGACGUCUUCCGACAUAGAAAUCAUAUCACACGUAUCAACUCCCACUUCUAAUGGUGAUGGGUCUAAAAUGGUGGACUUAUCUCCCCUGAAGAUAUCCCUCCAGAAAACGGCACGGAGGGGGAGCAGCCCCACCCACAGGAGAUCUGACAGUCAGUCCAGCUCCAGCACCCACAGCAGGGAGGGGCAGUUUGAACAGCUCAGCCCAGGGAGGGAUUACCAAGAUGAAGAUGACCACAGGGGAAACCAGCACAUGCAUGAAGGAGGAAAACAUGAUCUGUUUCCACUAAGUGAACAUUUUGAAAAUGAUCAGCAGCAGAAGCUCAUAAAGUUACAGACCGUCCCUGAGAAUACGGACACCGCAAACAGUGAUGUAGUUUACCAGCAGAAAAUUGCAGAGCUGACAGAAAUUUUACAAGCCAGAGAAAGUAAACUGGUCCAGAUGAGUAAAGAAAACAAUGACUUGAUGGAGACCAGUAAUAUCCUACGCAAUCAAAUUCAGCAGUUAGAGGAAUUAAAGGAAGCAGAAUCAGAAGAUGUUAACAACGUCACAUCAGAAUUCACAAAGAGGCUGUCGGAGGCGGAGAAAAAAAUAAACCAGGUCAUACGGGAAAAAGAAACCAUGAAGAAACAACUUCAAGACACUCAAGAUGAGUUAGCAAAAAAAACGAAAGUAAAUUCCAAUCAGAUUCAGGAGAAGGAUCAACAAGUUAAAGAACUCCUACAGGAAGGAGAAAAGCUUUCUAAACAACAGCUACAGAGUAAUAACAUCAUUAAGAAGCUGAGGGCUAAAGAGAAAGAAAAUGAUUCUCUCAUCACUUCUCAAAAGAAAAAGCUGGAGGAUCAGAAGACAGAAUUAGAACACCUGCGUAAGGUGUGUGAGGUCAAGGACGAUUUAGAGAAGAAACAGACAGAGGCCAUCAAUCAGUUGAAUACAGCUGUACAAAAACAAGAGAGAGAAAAAUCCAAACUCAAGAGUGACCUAGAAGAUGCUCAGGAGAGAGUGCGAGGACUGCAGACAGCCCUGGACAACUCCUACAAGGAGAUAGCAGAGUUACACCGCUCUAGUGCGGCUCAGGACAGCAAAGCUGCCGAGACUGCACUGAGUCUUGAGAUGCAGGUCAGAGAGGAACUGAAAUCUCAGCUCGAGCAGGAACGCAAGAGUAACCAGCAGGAGAAAGAAGCGCUGAUCAAUCAAAUAGAGGACCUGAGAAUGACAGUGUCUAGAAUGGAGAAGGAACACAACAGGAGGGAGGACAUGUUACGACAAGAAAUCUCAGAUCUACAGCGGCAUUUACAAGAAGACGAAGCGAGAAAUCAGGACCUCACUCAGAAUGUCACGUCUGCCACUCGCCCCCUGCUGAGACAGAUAGAGAAUCUUCAGUCUACAUAUGCUGCUCAGUCACUUUCUUGGGAAAAAUUAGAAAAGAAUCUCUCUGACAGGCUAGUGGAAAAUCAGACCCAGCUGGCGAUGGUGACAGAUAAGGAGAGGUCAGCAAAUGAGAAAGUGAUGGAGUUCUCUACUCAAGUCGCCUCGCUAGAGUCUCAGAAUAGUCGACUGAGACAGGAGAAGGCUCAACAAACGGCUCAAACUGAAAUGUUAAAGACCCGAGUACAGGUGUUAGAGGACGCCAAACACAGUGAAAUGGUUCAGAUUGAGGCUGUUAAACAACAGAUGUCCCAGGAACUGUCUGACAUCCGCAAAGAAAAGGUAUUCCUGGAGACACAACUGGACAUGGAGAAAAAUAAAGUGGAGCAAGAGAGGAAGAAACUGAACCUGGCUCAGGAACAAAUCUCACAAAUGGAGAAGGACCUCCAGCGGCCCCAGUCCCGGGGGUCAGUCUCCCCCCUGUCUGUGUCCAGAUCGGAGAGUGUGGCCGGGGACCAGGGGUCCAUGUCUAUAUCCUUCUCACAGGACGAUUUGGAGAGAAGUUUGGUGAUGUCUCCUGUGUCUAGUAGAUCUACUUUAUAUGAGAGUAUACGACAAGGGGGCGGGGCUGCAAACUUGAUUGACAGCCUUCAGUCACAGCUAAAACAGAGAGAUGGGGAAAUUUUCCAAUUAAAAAGUGAUAUCCAGCAACUGGAGAGAACACGGGAGUCCAUGGCUCGAGAACUAGUCAAUCUAACAAAUCAGAAUGAAGAAAUUCAUGAGAAGAUUGAAGAGUUACCACAACUCAAAAAACAGCUUGAGAAAUGA